GAAUAGUUUGACCCACACUGUCAGGUCUCCCCCCUCCAUUGAUAUGAUUUAAAAAACCCAUCUCUUUUCUUUCUCCCUAAUGCAUACAACUCCAACUGUCAGUAUCAUCUCUCGUUCUCGUUUGUUUAUUUAUUUAUUUAUUUUUGAUCUUGCAGGUCCCUCGCGGGCCUCCAUAGCCUCUCCAACAGCUCACGCAGGGCAUUGUGGGUAGGUCAGGCGCCAUGUGCUUUUGAAGCAGAGGGGUUGGAAGGAGACCUGGCUGCGACAAAAAUUGGCUAAUUUUUUUCCGAGGGACACCAGGAUAGACGCCUCCGGUUCACGUUAAGCAUGUACUGCACCAGACGCUGCCUCCGGACCGCGCUGCGGGCCGCGGCGACCACGCACCGGCAAAAGCUUCAGCGGCAGACGCCGGCGCUGUGCGCUCUCAGACUUCUGGAGACCAGUCCAGCCACCCACUCAGAUGCCAUUGCCAGCCCUCCGUUUGAUGGAGCGCCCAAACAGUACUCCCCUAAAAUCCAACAGCUCGUCAAUGACAUAGCCAGCCUCACUUUGUUAGAGGUGUCAGACCUCAACGAGCUCCUCAAGAAAACUCUGAACAUUCAGGAUGUUGGAAUGAUGCCGAUGGGGGCGAUGGCUGCAUCAGCUGUGCCUGUGGCCCAGGCCGCAGAAGAGGAGGAGGCACCUGUCAAGAAAGAGAAGACUCACUUCACAGUAAAAUUGACAGAAUUAAAAGCAGCUGAAAAAGUCAAACUUAUAAAGGAAGUAAAGAACUGCAUCCAAGGCUUGAAUCUGGUGCAGGCUAAGAAACUAGUGGAGUCUCUUCCCCAGGAAAUCCGGGCCAAUGUAUCCAAAGAAGAGGCAGAGAAACUGAAAGCAGCUCUGGAGGCAGCAGGCGGCACUGUGGUGUUAGAGUAGAUCUCUGCGCCCACCUGCGCACCUGUUUUCCACCAUUUUGCUGCUCAUGCACUUCGUCCUUCAUUCUAUUAUUUCUUUUUUUUUUUUUACAUGACAAAGAAGAGAGGAUCCUGGGAGAAAAGGAAACAAAGAAAUGCCUUCUGACAUUAAUACUGUCUCCUAACAGCGGGAAGUGGGCCGUUACAACUCACUGAACUUUCCAGGCACAACGCCUGCACAAAUGGCCGCCCCGCUGUUUGUUUGUUCACGUUUCUGCUCAUGUGUCUGUCUGAUACCUACAUAGCAAACAAGCUACAGAAAUACUGGCCUGUUCGCCAAGUAAGUCAGUUGAUCAUUCUGUGUGUGUGUGUGUGUUAAACCGUUUUACAGAAGGAAAGAUUAUGUUGUAGGGACACGGUUACCAUUCUCUGUGUUGAGGAACACCAGAUACUGUAUCUAGUUCAGGGGAUGGCAGGGCCUAGUCCUUAUCUUGCUCAUAGAAUUGUUAAUAAUGUGAUUAAAGUUGAAAUCUCCAUGUU